AUGGCUACAAACAUCACCUGGCACCCAUCGCUCACCCGCGCCGAGCGCACCACCCUCCGCAAACAACGCGGCAUGACAAUCUGGUUUACAGGACUCUCUGCCUCAGGAAAAUCUACCAUAGCCACAGCCCUCGAGCAACAUCUCCUGCACCUCGGGCACGCAGCCUACCGUCUCGACGGCGACAAUGUGCGAUUCGGACUGAACAAAGAUCUUGGGUUUGACGAGAAAUCCCGCAACGAGAAUAUUCGUCGGAUUGCCGAAGUCGCAAAGUUGUUCGCCGAUAGCUGUACAAUUGCGUUGACUUCGUUUAUUUCUCCGUACAAGGCGGAUCGUGCGGUUGCGAGGGAAUUACAUGAGAAGGCUGCGAAUGGGGAUGAGGCAAUUCCGUUCAUUGAGGUUUUUAUUGAUAUUCCGGUUGAGGAGGCUGAGAAGAGAGAUCCAAAAGGAUUGUACAAGAAGGCUAGAGCGGGGGAGAUUAAGGAAUUCACCGGAAUCAGUGCGCCAUAUGAGGAACCUGAGAAGGCAGAGAUCCAUUUGAGGACGGAUAAACUGAGUGUGGAGGAGUGUGUGCAAAAGAUUGUGGAGUACUUGGAGAAGGAGAAUUUGUUGAAGUUGUAG